UACUGUUGAUGAUCAGUACCGCCAAAGCGUGUACACGACGAGCACGCGAUUCCGUUUACGCACACUUACCAAUUGUAUAACCUAAUCUUCACGCUGUUGAGUGACUUCGUCCUUUCACCAAUAAACGGCGAUUAUAUGCUAGUGUACGGGACAUUUCAGUUUGCUUCUUCCACACCGGUUCAAAUGGAACUAUCCGCCAUGGACAGAUUUUGCGGAUCGACUUUUUGGGACUGGAACUUGUCCUGGAACACCACCGAUCCUGAGAUCACGCCGUGUUUUGAAAAGACCAUUCUAGUCUGGGCACCGUGCCUGUUUUUGUGGCUUUUCUCUCCGCUAGAGAUCUAUUACUUGGUGAAUAGCAAAUACAGAGACAUACCGUGGAACUGUCUCAAUAUGGGGAAAGUGGCUGGUGUAUUUAUAUUAUGUAUCAUAUCAGUAAUCGAUAUCGUAUAUGCAAUAAUUCGAUAUUCAUCAGGGAUGGAUGUGUUUAGUGUAGAUAUUUACACACCACUUGUAAAACUAAUAACAUUUGGAUUUGUCACAGCAUUAAUUACUGUUAAUCGAGCAAGAGGAUUAAGGUCGUCUGGUUUAAUAUUUCUGUUUUGGUUAUCCAUGGCAUUCUGUGGGAUGAUUCAAUAUCGAACGGAACUCCGAUUAGCAUUUAACGAUAUUCCAUUAUAUGAUUAUCCAUUUACUAGUUACAUGGUGUAUUACCCUAUCAUCUUAAUAGAGUUUGUUCUAAGUUUCUUCGCCGAUGCUGCUCCUAGGCUAUCUGACUAUGGAUCCGUCCAGGUACCGUGUCCUGAGAUGAAAGCAUCAUUCCCAUCGAAGUUAUUAUAUUUAUGGUUUGACUCAUUUGCUUGGUCUGGUUAUAAACGCCCCAUAGAGUCCUACGAUUUAUGGAAUAUGAACCACGAUGAUACUUCACAAGAAGUAGUUUCAGUCUUUGAUAAACAUUGGGAACGUUCAUUAGUAAAAGCGAAAUUACAAAAUAGUAAAAAAGUGUUUUCCGUUAAAAAUAAACCUGAUGUGAGUAUAAUCGAAUUACCACUUGCAAAAGAAUCACAUCAAAACCAGUACAAAGUAUCAAUUCUUCCUGUUUUGUGUAAAUCAUUUGGGAGUACAUUUUUGUUUGGAUCAUUUUUAAAAUUAAUUGUGGAUUGUUUAACGUUUAUCAGCCCUCAAGUACUUAGGUAUUUGAUAAAUUUUGUUGGAGAUUCCACUGAGCCAUUGUGGAGAGGUUAUUUUUAUAUUUUUCUGAUGAUGGCUACAGCGAUGUUGCAAACAUUAUUAUUAUCUCAGUACUUUCAUCGUAUGUAUCUCGUUGGUAUGCGUAUUCGUACUGCACUUACUUCUGCCAUUUAUCGAAAAACUUUAAGGAUUUCAAACACAGCAAGAAAAUCAUUCACAACGGGUGAAAUAGUUAAUUUGAUGUCAGUAGACGCGCAUAGAUUUACUGAUCUGAUUACUUAUUUGAAUAUGAUUUGGUCGGCACCAUUCCAAAUUGCUCUGGCAGUGUACUUUUUGUGGCAGAUAUUAGGACCCAGUGUACUUGCUGGUCUAUUUGUGAUGAUAGUAUUAAUACCAGUAAACGGUGCUGUAGCUACUAGAUCAAUAAAUCUGCAGGUCAAACAAAUGAAAAACAAGGAUGAAAGAGCUAAAUUAAUGAAUGAAAUUUUGUCCGGAAUAAAAGUUCUAAAAUUAUAUGCUUGGGAACCAAGUUUUGAACAAAAAGUGUUAGAUAUAAGAGGAAAAGAAAUCAAUGUUCUUCGCAGCGCUGCUUAUUUGACUGCAGCUACUUCAUUUAUUUGGUCUUGUGCACCAUUCCUGGUAUCGUUAGUAACUUUUGCAGUUUAUGUAUUAUCUGACGAUAGCCAUAUAUUAGAUGCACAAACUGCUUUUGUUUCUUUAUCUUUAUUCAAUAUUUUACGUUUUCCAAUAUCCAUGUUACCAAUGUUGGUGUCAAAUGUAGUUCAAUCAAGUGUAUCUGUAAAGCGAAUAAAUAAGUUUAUGAACUCCGAAGAGUUGGAUCCAGAUUCGGUCACCCAUAAUUCUGAUGAAAAGGAUCCUCUUGUUAUUGAAAAUGGUACAUUCACGUGGGGUGAACUAAAUGUUGCACCAACAUUAUCAAACAUAAAUUUACGAGUUUCAUCAGGACAAUUGGUCGCUGUAGUGGGCACGGUUGGUUCUGGGAAGAGUUCUUUAGUGUCGGCUUUUCUUGGUGAAAUGGAUAAAGUUUCUGGCAGAGUUAACACUAAAGGAUCCAUAGCAUAUGUACCACAGCAAGCUUGGAUACAGAAUACAUCACUUAAGGAUAAUAUAUUGUUUGGUCAAACAUUUAAUGAUAGAGUUUAUAAAAAGGUCAUUGAUGCAUGUGCAUUAAAAUCUGACUUCCAAAUGCUUCCAGCUGGCGAUGACACAGAAAUUGGUGAAAAGGGAAUUAAUUUAAGUGGAGGCCAAAAACAGAGAGUAAGUUUAGCAAGAGCAGUUUAUAAAGAGAGUGACAUCUAUUUUUUGGACGAUCCACUGAGUGCUGUUGAUUCACAUGUUGGUAAACAUAUUUUUGAACACGUUAUUGGACCCAAAGGGUUGUUGCAAAAAAAAACACGAAUAUUGGUCACUCAUGGUAUAACAUAUCUCAGAGAAGUCGAUUUGAUUGUGGUAAUGAAAGAUGGUCAAAUAUCAGAGUCAGGCACAUAUAAAGGGUUGCUUGAUAAAAAAGGAGACUUUGCUGAUUUCUUAUUAUCACACAUGCAAGAACAAAAUGAACAUGAAGUUGAUGAAAUAGAAAUUAAUAAGUUAUUAGAAGACGCACCUGCAGAUUUAAAAGAGAAAUAUAUUCGCCAGAGAAGUGAAACGAAUUCAAAUUCGUCAAUGCAAAGGCAAAUAUCUGUUGAUUCUAAUAAAUCGAUUUCUCGACCUGCUGUGGAACAGAAAGCCAAACUUAUUGAAGUAGAGAAAGCGGAAACCGGAAAUGUGAAAUUGGAUAUUUACAUUCAGUAUAUUAAGUCAGUUGGACCUAUUUUUUGCAUAAUGUCAGUUUUACUAAGUUGUCUAUACCAAGGAUUUUCUAUUUCAUCGAACAUCUGGCUUUCUAUAUGGUCUAAUGAUGAUAGUUCACUUACUCUUGAAACAGAAAAUGAUAGUAACAGAUUUAUGCACUUAACAGUUUACGGACUGCUUGGCGUUGGUCAAGUUUUUUCAACGGUAGCAGCAUCAAUAACUUUAUCUUUGGGCACAAUAUUUGCUGCUGAAAAGUUAUUCGAAUUGAUAAACUCACGGAUUUUCAAGAAUCCACUAAGCCUGUUUGAUACAACACCAAUAGGACGAAUAUUGAACAGAGUAUCUAAGGACAUUGAUACCAUUGAUAAUGUAUUGCCAUUAAUGAUAGCAACAUUUAUACAAGUUGCAGUUUCGGUCAUUGGUACUUUGAUCGUUAUCAGUUAUAGUACACCCAUAUUUGCAGCGGUGAUUAUUCCUCUUGCUAUAAUUUAUUGCAUCAUACAGAGAUUUUACGUUGCGACAUCGCGUCAGCUGAAACGACUCGAGUCCAUAUCACGUUCCCCAAUUUAUUCGUAUUUUAGCGAAACAAUUACAGGGGCUACAUCGAUUCGUGCUUAUGGAGCAGAAUCCAAAUUUACACUUCAAUCCGAACAAAUAGUAGAUUUCAAUCAGUCUUGUUAUUAUCCAAAUAUCGUGGCCAAUAGAUGGCUAGCUGUAAGGUUAGAAACAAUUGGAAAUUUUAUUAUUUUCUUCUCGUCGCUGUUCUCAGUAUUGGGAAGGGAUACGUUAAGUCCUGGUAUUGUUGGUUUGUCCAUCGGAUAUGCUCUACAGAUCACACAAACACUCAAUUGGAUGGUUAGAAUGACUUCUGAUGUCGAAACUAAUAUUGUAGCCGUUGAACGAGUCAAGGAAUAUGGAGAAACACCUCAAGAAGCCCCAUGGGAAAUACCUUCAACGCAGCCCCCCAGAGAAUGGCCAACUAGCGGCGAAGUUCAAUUUAAGAAUCUUAAAGUUCGUUAUCGUGAAGGUUUAGAUUUAGUACUGAAAGGUUUAGAUUUAAUAGUGGAAGGUGGCCAAAAGGUGGGGAUUGUAGGACGUACAGGAGCUGGAAAAUCGUCUUUGACUCUUAGUUUGUUCCGUAUCGUCGAAGCUGCCGAAGGAUCAAUUCUUAUCGAUGGCGUUGACAUAUCAAAAAUUGGAUUGCAUACGUUGCGUAACCGCCUCACAAUUAUUCCACAGGAUCCAGUAUUGUUUUCUGGUACAUUAAGAAUGAAUUUGGAUCCAACCAAUAGUAAUACUGACGCACAGCUGUGGAGCGCCUUAACACUUGCCCAUUUAAAAGCUUAUGUAGUAGGACUGGCCAGUGGUUUGGAUCAUGAAGUGUCUGAAGGAGGAGAAAAUCUGAGCGUGGGCCAAAGACAAUUGGUAUGUUUGGCUAGAGCAUUGUUAAAGAAGACAAAAAUAUUAGUGUUGGACGAAGCGACAGCGGCAGUCGAUUUGGAAACAGACGAUCUCAUACAAAAUACCAUUCGAACAGAAUUCAAAGACUGCACUGUGUUGACGAUCGCCCAUCGACUGAACACUAUAAUGGAUUCUGACAAAGUAAUUGUUUUGGACAAUGGUUUCAUGAUCGAAUACGACUCACCUGCCAAUCUGCUGAAAGACAAAUCUUCGGUUUUCUAUUCGAUGGCAAAGGACGCAGGUCUUGCACAAUGACGAUGAUGUUCGGACGAUGGUGCAGCACUUAGGUUUUCAUUUCCUUAACUUGAUUUUACUAAUAAAUAUCGACAGAUAAUAAUUUUAUUCAACUGUCACAUAUCAUUUUUGUCGAGCAAUCGUAAAUAAUAAUUAUUUCGGACGACGUUUCCACGUUACCCGCACUGCAGGGUGAGGCGUGCGCUAUCGAAUUCCGUCUUUGUUAUACCGAUUUCGCGUAACGCAUCGACCUGACAUUUUUGUUUGUUUUACAUAGUUUAAAGAUUUUGUUUUAUUAUUUCUAGCCAUAGAAAGUUGUACAUCGAAUAAAUAGUAUUAUAAUUUAUUAAAAUUGGAAUAGGUACAUUUUA